AUGUAUACGCUGAGAAGCAGAAAAGUCCAAAAACAGGAUGACUGGCCUAGGAGGAAAAAGGUUUGUCAAAGUCUUUGUUACUGACAAAAAUUGAAGUACAUUUUCAGAGCUUACUCAAGUUGUUCUGAUGUAAUGGGCUCCAGUUAGGUUGUGAUUUUAGCAAUCUAACAAACACACUUGUCAUUCAUCCUAAUCUUAGAAGGGCAGACAAUCAGCUGUGGCUGAAACAUCUGAGGCUGAGAUCUCCAGGACCACAGAGGAGCCUCCUGAGGGAUCUACACUCACAGAGAUAGAGGUAUUUAUUCUAGCUGAUCAUCUUGUCUGGUCUUGAGGUGUUAAAGCUGCAGUUGUAAAUACUCUGCUGAUUGGUCAGGUCCUUAUAAUGUAUCUGAUUUUUUUAUUUUGAUGGUCAGUUAAGCUGUGUGUCUGCUUUAAGGCUCCCUUGGGUUGAUUUUGAGUUGUGGGGUCCAGUCAGGUUGGUAUUUAAGAUGUCUGACAAACACACUUGUCAGGUUUACAGUGUUUGUGGGGUCCCCGUAAAGUCAGAUACACUGUUGACAUUAAUGAGAGAUUAAAUAUCAAAUGAAAAAAAUACAUCCUUUGCAGUUGAUGUGUUCCUCACUGUGUAAUGAUCUAAGACCCUACCGGUCACUCCAGCUGUUUGACUAGGAGACUGAAGUCUCUGCCAGUCCUUUCUGGGCUCCAUGAUCCACAUUUUGGUUAAAAGAAGACACCAAGCGACAGUAAUAGUAGUUGGUACAGAUGAUUUUGUUUAGAUUAUGGGAUUUAGCAUGAGAGCUACAGCGAGUGGAUUCAUCAGGUUUAAGAAUCAUAAUGUAUUUAAAGUUGCCUGUAUCUUUAAUUGUGAAGAAAUCAGAACAAUAGUUUGUUUAUUUACUAUUCAUCUCAAACUUGUUGUUUAGGACAUGGAACCACCUACUGUGGCUGAAACAUCUGAGGCUGAGAUCUCCAGUACCGCAGAGGAGCCUCCUGAGGGAUCUACACUCACAGAGAUAGAGGUAUUUAUUCCAGCUGAUCAUUCUGUCUGCUCUUUAGUGUUAAAUCUGCAGUUGUAAAAACUCUGCUGAUUGGUCAGGUCCUUUAAAUGUAUCUGAUUUUUUUAUUUUGAUGGUCAGUUAAGCUGUGUGUCUGCUUUAAGGCUCCCUUGGGUUGAUUUUGAGUUGUGGGGUCCAGUCAGGUUGGUAUUUAAGAUGUCUGACAAACACACUUGUCAGGUUUACAGUGUUUGUGGGGUCCACGUAAAGUCAGAUACACUGUUGACAUUAAUGAGAGAUUAAAUAUCAUAUGAAAAAAAUACAUCCUUUGCAGUUGAUGUGUUCCUCACUGUGUAAUGAUCUAAGACCUUAGCUGCCACUCCAGCUGUUUGACUAGGAGACCUAAGUCUCUUCAAGUCCUUUCUAUUCUCUAUAAUCACUUUAUGUUUUUAAGAAGACAUCAGUUGACAAAAAAUAGCAGUAAGUACAAAUGGAUUUGUUUAGAUGAGGUGAUUUAGCAUGAGCUGCAGUGAGUGGAUUCAUCAGGUUAAUAGACUGUUAUGUAUAUUUGAGGUGCCAGUGGCUUUAAAUGUGCAGAAAUUAGAUCAAUAAAUAGUUGGUUAAUUUACUAUUCAUCUCAAACUUGUUGUUUAGGACAUGGAACCACCUAAUGUGGCUGAAACAUCUGAGGCUGAGAUCUCCAGUACCGCAGAGGAGCCUCCUGAGGGAUCUACACUCAGAGAGAUAGAGGUAUUUAUUCCAGCUGAUCAUCCUGUCUGCUCUUUAGUGUUAAAUCUGCAGUUGUAAAAACUCUGCUGAUUGGUCAGGUCCUUUUAAAUGUAUCUGAUUUUUUUAUUUUGAUGCUCAGUUAAGCUGUGUGUCUGCUUUAAGGCUCCCUCGGGUUGAUUUUGUGUUAAGGGGUCCAGUCAGGUUGGUAUUUAAGACGUCUAACAAACACACUUGUCAGGUUUACAGUGUUUGUGGGGUCCACGUAAAGUCAGAUACACUGUUGACAUUAAUGGGAGAUUAAAUAUCACAUGAAAAAAAUACAUCCUUUGCAGUUGAUGUGUUCCUCACUGUGUAAUGAUCUAAGAACCUACCGGUCACUCCAGCUGUUUGACUGGGAGACUUGAGUCUUUGCCAGUCCUCUCUGUUCACCAUGGUCCAGUAAAUGUUUAAAAGAAGACACCAGGUGUACAAAAAUAGCAGUCAGUACAGAAAAUAUGUGUCCAGAUGAACUCAUUUAGCAUGCGAGCUACAGUGAGUGUAUUCGUCGGGUUUAUGAAGGUAAUGUAUAUUUAUGUGCCAGUGGCUUUAAAAGUGUAGAAUUUAGAUCAAUUAUGAGUUGGUUAAUUUACUAUUCAUCUCAAACUUUUUGUUUAGGACGUGGAACAACCUACUGUGGCUGAAACAUCUGAGGCUGAGAUCCCCAGGACCGCAGAGGAGCCUCCUGAGGGAUCCAAACUCACAGAGAUAGAGGUGUUAGUCCACCUGAUCAUUCUGUCUGAUUUUUAGGUUUUAAAGCUGCAGUUUUAAAAACUCUGCUGAUUGGUCAGGUCCUUAUAAUGUAUCUGAUUUUUUUAUUUUGAUGGUCAGUUAAGCUGUGUGUCUGCUUUAAGGCUCCCUUGGGUUGAUUUUGAGUUGUGGAGUCCAGUCAGGUUGGUAUUUAAGAUGUCUGACAAACACACUUGUCAGGUUUACAGUGUUUGUGGGGUCCACGUAAAGUCAGAUACAAUGUUGACAUUAAUGAGAGAUAAAAAAGGUUUUUUUUUCUUAUUGUGUGAAAUAAACAUUAUAUGCAGUUUAUCUGUUCACUAUGUGAUGAUCUUGGAACCCACCGGUCACUCCAGCUGUUUGACAAGGAGACUUAAGUCUCUUCCAGUCCUUUCUAUUCUCCAUCAUUCACUCUGUGGUUUAAAGAAGACAUCAGUUGACAAAAAAUAGCAGUAAGUACUAGUGGUGCAACGGAUCACAAAACUCACGGAUUGGAUCGUUCCUCGGAUCAAGAGUCAUGGAUCAGAUCAUUUUUUGGAUCAGCAAAAAGCAACAAAAAAAAACAAAAAACAAGACAAACACAAGUUUUGUCUGUUUAUUAAACACUUAAAUGAUUAAAUUAAAUAUAUAAAAGUAGUGCACAAGGCAUAAUAUCUUCUUUCUAGCAUAAUUAUUAAUGAAAAACAACUUGAAGUGCAAUAUAUAGGCAUAUCUCCUUCCUUUAAAAUGUAACAAUGAACCAAAAAUGAAGUAUGUGAGCGACGGGAUGUCUUAACGUGGCUCAAGGACUUUCAGCAUGUUUUUAACAUGUUUUGCACAACUGAAUAUGGCCUCAUGUCUGUAGCUAUAAACACACCGAUAGCGUUUGUGAUAGCUUUAGCCCUGUCGGAUUGCACAAGGAAGAGGCUGCUUAAAUGCUGUGGUGAAGUUGUUGGCCAGCUUUCGUUUUAUCGCCAGUCAGUAAAACACCCGGGUGAUGUCGCUUCAAAUGCGUGAACAUGCUCGAUGUGUUCCCACUGUCAUUUCGCUUUCUUAUGCCACAGUGCCUACACACCGUCGCAGUUUUGUCCACUGACCUCUUUCCUUCUUCAUCAUAGUUGACAGGGAUGCCAAAAUGCUCCCAUACAAGGGAUGUAAGUGUCGCGGGGCGUUCAAGCUCCUCCUUUCCUCAACUCGCCAUGUCUGCCCUCCUCCUUUCUUUGCUUACAAUAAGCUGUGUGUGGACGGAGCACAACUUUUUUUUUUUCAGAAAUAAAUCCGCGGGUCACAUUUGUGCCAAACCAAUGACGUCAAUCCGAACGGAUCAUGGAUCAAUGAUGAUCUGUUGCACCACUAGUAAGUACAAAUGGAUUUGUUUAGAUGAGGUGAUUUAGCAUGAGCUGCAGUGAGUGGAUUCAUCAGGUUAAUAGACUGUUAUGUAUAUUUGAUGUGCUAGAAGCCUUUAAUGUACAGAAAUUUGAUCAAUAAUAAGUUAGUUUAUUUACUAUUCAUCUCAAACUUGUUGUUUAGGACAUGGAACCACCUACUGUGGCUGAAACAUCUGAGGCUGAGAUCUCCAGUACCGCAGAGGAGCCUCCUGAGGGAUCUACACUCACAGAGAUAAAGGUAUUUAUUCCAGCUGACCAUCCUGUCUGGUCUUGUGGUGUUAAAGCUGCAGUUUUCCUCACCAAUGCAUACAUUUCAGUAAAAAGGGCUACCAUCUGGUCUUAAUUAGCUUUGAGUAUAGGCCUUUUUUUCGUACCUUGAUGAGAUGCUUCAUUAUUUCAUUUUGUCUUUAUUUUCUCUAGGACUCAGAUGCAGCUUGUCCUCUUCCCUCAGUGAAAAAAUAUGGGCUGAAUCUUCCUCUAGUAAACUACACAGAUUCUGAUGAACCCCAGAGUCCAUCCUCAAAUCCUGAAUCUGAACAUUGCCUCUCAGAGCAGGACCAUAUUUCUGUCCCCAGGCUCAGGAGGACCAAAAGUAUACUGGUAAACAACACACACACACACAGUGCAGUGAAUGUAUUAAAAGUCAAUUGCAGACAUUUCAUUGGUCUUGUGCCUACUGUCUAUCAUAUUUUUAUUGCUUUCUUUAGAUGAAAAACCAGAUUCACUUUGAUUCAGAAGAGCUUUAUGACACCACCUCAGCUGACAGUGAAGAGGAAUACAUUCCUAAGACAAGUGAGGACUCUGAUGAUUCCGGCAGAAGUGAAGUCCUGGAAGUUGAGGACCCUCUCUUCAAGAUAAAAGAUGUCAUCAAAGAUUUUCCUCCCUUAACCCAAAGAUCUGAAGCCUCUUCACAGCAGGUUGUUACAAGAGGGCGUUCACCUGUUAGGAGAAGUAGCUCUGGUCUGAUGCAUAAAAGGCAAUGCUACAGAAGUGUGGUUCAUCAUUCAACACUAGUCAGCCAUGCUGACUCAUCUAACCAGAGUUUUGUAGCAGACGCUGAUGCCCUCUCCCAAAACUCAGUGGUGAAUUUAGACCAGGACCAGGACGAAUGUCUUCCUGACAGUUCCUCUUCCAUUCUUACAAAUGAUAAUGAGUCUGGUGGUCCACUUUCCAUACCCGCUGUCUGCAAAAAAGAGAAUGGGUCAAGACUUUAUAACAAGAAGCAGUACUGUUUGUACUGCAAAUUGGGUGUUAUAAAAAUUGCAAGACAUUUAGAGCGAGCACAUAUAGAUAAGUCAGAGGUUGCACAGGCUUUUGCCUUCAAAAAGGCUCCAAAGAAAGACGAAUGCAUCUGGAACUUUUGA